AUGGGAUGGCCAAUGGAUAUUAUAAAAUUAGCGAAUAAAAAUUGCAUAUCAUGGUAUGUAAAAGAUAUUCAACAAAGAAUCAAUCAAGCUCUUUGCGCAAAAAUUAAAAAGGGAUUGAUACUAUGCUUGCGGAAACCUAACUUAGCACCCCCAUUACCUACGAUCUCAGUCAUUACUGUAACACCCACAAGGCAAGGUAUAUGCUUAUUGGAAACAUAUCAACAAUUGUAGCCACCUCAAGGGGAAGGUGAUCCAAUUUAGUUCAAUAGAAUACAUGCUUAAAAUGAAAUAAGAUUAGCUUACUUGAUAGAUUCCUAAGGAUAAGGUUCCUAAUUUACUUUAACUAGCUUGGUCUAAGAAUAACCAAGUUAGAGUAUCAAGGGAUUUAUCAAAAACAGAAACUAAGUCUUUAAGGUGAACUGCUCAAACUAGCGUAAGGAAAAGUCCAAGAAUUCGCCUGUCACUUCAGAUAAUAGUAUCUAAGAUCGGAUGAUUAAUUGA